CACGAAUCGGACAUCGCUACUCCCUCGGAGAAAUUGACAGCAGCUGGGUCGCCUGUGUGAGCAAACCCGAAGGACAGACACGGCAGAAAAUAAAACUCUGCCGCUAUAGUGGGUUCCCCCUUCCCCUUUCCCCCACUGUUUGAGUGUACAUAUCAACAAGCCGACCCGGACGAGCGCGCUGACUCCGUUUCCCCGCUUUUAUAGCGGAGCGGUCAGGACUUUCCUCUCGAACUGAAACGUCAGUAGCUUAGCCGAGCUAGCGGGCUAACGCGACUAGCUGGGUUCAGCUACAAGGAGGAAUUACAAUUAUUCCACCGAGAAACACUGAAGGAUGUCGGGGAAGGAGCAGAAUAAACAAUCCACCACCGAACGGCUCGUAAAAGCGGUGCCGUACCCUCCUACGACGCGGCUCACUAUGAAAGAGCUGUAUGAGGACGGUAAGCCCAAGGUGGAGCUUUUGAAGAGCCACCUGGUGAAAGAGGGCCGCCUGGAGGAGGACUUGGCCCUGCGCAUCAUCAACGACGGCGCCAACAUCCUCCGCCACGAGAAGUGCAUGCUGGAAGUGGAGGCCCCCAUCACAGUGUGUGGAGAUGUCCAUGGGCAGUUCUUCGACCUGAUGAAGCUUUUUGAGGUGGGGGGUUCCCCGCAAAACACGCGCUAUCUAUUUUUGGGAGACUAUGUGGAUCGAGGCUAUUUCAGUAUUGAGUGUGUGCUCUAUCUGUGGACCCUGAAGAUCAACCACCCAACCACCCUCUUCCUCCUUAGGGGCAACCACGAGUGUCGGCAUCUCACGGAGUACUUCACCUUUAAACAAGAAUGCAAGAUUAAGUACUCUGAGCUGGUGUACGAUGCCUGCAUGGAGGCCUUUGACUGCCUUCCCCUGGCCGCUCUGCUCAACCAGCAGUUCCUUUGUGUUCACGGAGGCCUGUCCCCCGAGGUCACCUGCCUUGACGACAUCCGGAAAUUAGACCGGUUUAAAGAGCCGCCAGCUUUCGGGCCGAUGUGCGACCUGCUGUGGUCUGACCCUGGUGAGGACUACGGCAGCGAAAAGAGCUCAGAGCACUUUUGUCACAACAGUGUGAGAGGAUGUUCCUAUUUCUACAGCUACCCUGCAGUAUGUGACUUUUUGAUGAAUAAUAACUUGUUGUCAGUUAUAAGAGCACAUGAAGCCCAAGAUGCAGGGUAUCGAAUGUACAGAAAAAGUCAGACGACAGGCUUCCCAUCAUUAAUCACAAUCUUCUCUGCACCAAACUACUUAGAUGUGUAUAACAAUAAAGCUGCUGUGUUGAAAUAUGAGAACAACGUUAUGAACAUCCGGCAGUUCAAUUGCUCCCCUCACCCGUACUGGCUGCCCAACUUCAUGGAUGUGUUCACGUGGUCACUGCCCUUUGUCGGGGAGAAAGUAACAGAGAUGCUGGUCAAUGUGUUAAACAUCUGCUCAGAUGAUGAGCUUAUGUCAGAGGGAGAUGACACAUGUGAAGGUGGCACCCCAGCAGUCCGCAAGGAGGUGAUCCGAAAUAAGAUUCGUGCCAUUGGCAAAAUGGCCAGAGUUUUCUCUGUUCUUAGAGAGGAGAACGAGAGUGUGUUGCAGUUAAAGGGCUUGACUCCUACUGGGACGUUGCCUCUGGGUGUCCUGUCAGGAGGCAGACAGACCCUACAGAGCGCCACCAUAGAAGCAGAGGAAGCACAAGCCAUCCAAGGCUUCAACCCUCAACACAAGAUCCAAAGCUUCGAAGAAGCGCGUGGACUGGACCGGAUAAACGAGCGAAUGCCUCCGCGCAGGGACAGCGUGCAGCCAGACGGCACUGCCAACUCCAUCAACGCAGCCAAUUCCCCCGACAAGAACGGCACCAACGCACAGGCGUAGUAACCCAGCAGCUACCUAGCACUCUCCCUCAUCCUUUCUGUCUCUUUUUUUCCCCCUCUCUCUCCCUCUGUUUUCCUCUCAUUCUCUCUCUUUUUGGUAGAGGUGAUGCCCCCUACAUGCAAAACUCUCCAGGACCGUUUCGGGGAGAAUCGCACAAUACCAUGAAGAGGGUGUAGUGAAAAACAAACCAUGGUUCUUAUUUAUUUAUUGAUAUAGAUGAUAAGAAAUGUAAGAUCUGUAAUGGUGGAAAAAUUGAGAUGAAUGAAUACAUACGUGAUGAAUAUUACAUGUGUACAUAAACAGAAUAUAUAUAUAUAGACAUAGCAUUGGGGUGGUGUAAGGUCAUCUUAGAUUUCAGUAGUUUAAAAAAACAAACACACAAAAAAAAAAACAAUCCAUUUUGUAAAUUUACGUUUAUAAAUUAGAUUUAUUUCUGACAUUUCUUUUUUUUUUUUUUUUUUAAACAACCAAGACUUGCUCGGCAGAAUUACGUUAUCGUUGUUUGUGCGCUUGGCAAAGGAAUUUUUUGGCUGACAUAAUUAUAUAGAUUGCUUAUUUGUGAAUACCCAAAGCGAGUAUGAUAAUUGUUGAUGCAAAACAAAAAAAAAGGUUUUAUUGAAACAAUGUGAAAAAAAACAAACAAAAAAAACCUUCAUAAUGCCAAUUAUAGCUAAGGGGAGUGCAUUAAUAACAAGUGUUGACACAUUUAUAUGUACAUGUACAUUUUCAAGUGUUCCCUCAACCAAAUGUAAUGUUUACUUUGUUUCAUUUGUUUUCUUUUUCCUGUUCAUAACUCAAAUUACUAUACUGAUUCGUAAUCAAUAAGUUGAAAAAGCAAAAGCCAUCCCGCAAGAUGGUUGGAGGAGUUUGUUUUUUGUUUGUUCUUUGCUUUUUUUUCUUCAAUUUGUAGUCAGUCGCGCUUUUAUCGGCCUCUGCCAUAAUUUUGAACACUUUUAGACGCAUUUUGUUUAGAACCAUAGUGGUAAAAGGCACGGUUUAACUGCCAUGAUUUUACACAGACGUUUUUCUUGCCGCCCAUAAUGUAUAUGAUAAAUGCGACUGGAUGAGGUGAAACGUUAAGCAUCUCAGAAAAUAAGCAUACAUGCCUUAACAUCCCGUCUCAUCUCGACUAAAUGAAAUCAGUUAAACCGAAAAGUGUCGCUUGCCUGUUUGAGCCCACCAGUUGGAUGUUUUUAACAUUACACCCCAUUUCAUUGUUUUUCAAUUUGUCUAAUUUUUGUACCUAUAAAGGUUUGCAUCAACAAACUUGUAAGUAUAUUCAGCGCUAGUAUUUCUAUAGUUGAGCAGAACGCUCUUCUAAACGCCUGUAUUCUCUAGUGGACCAUUUUCCACACAUAUGAUUGACUAAAGCCUCAUCUUUUGCUUUUACCUAAAGAAAAACAAUGUUAUUUUGAUUGCUUUUACUAUACUGAGUGUUUUGAGAAGGACAGGUUUUGCAAGAACUGUUUACCAAAUCGUCUUUUCAGACAUUUUGUUUCCUUUUCUUUUCUACACUGUACCGUUAUCAUUGCAUAAAAUCCAGUGACUGGAGAUUUCGCUGCGAAAAGACUCUUGACUUCCCAUACGCUACACGUUUGAGGUCAUGUGCCAUGCUAAUAACUAUAGCGAGAGUUCUGUGUGCAGGCAUUGAGGUAGUCGCUCGCACAUUUUUUGCUUAAUUUAACGUCGCAAGCAUUUCAGGUUCUGUAUGCCUUGCGCGACACUCCGUUUUCAUGGCGCACCGUAAUACGAGACUUGACGAGGGUAAACCUACAUGUUAUCAUAACUGUGUUUAAAGUAAAUUUCAUCCAAAGAAAAAUCAGUGUUUUAAUGUAAUAUAUGGCUUUUGAUCAUUGACAAAACAACUGCUGAUUGUAUGAUCACUGCCUCUGCAUUUGUUUGAGAAGAGGCGAGUGCUCAAAUCAGUGAUGCAGUCAUGUAAAGAAAAAGAAAAAAAACACCUGUUGACGCUUUACUCUUUGCGAUAUAAAACCAAUAUGAGGGAGGCCUACAUCCUUAAACAGGUACCAAAAGAUCAUGACCACCUUUUGUGUCCUCUUUUUAAGUGUUUGUCUCUUCAAGUCUUUGUUUUAUGUUAUGAGCCUCUGCAAACUGUUAUUUUGUUUAGUUUCCUUCAU